CCAGCCCGCAACAUGGAUCCAGCACCUCGCUCACCAACUCUGACGCCCGGGAACGUAGCGAUAGCAGGAGCCUUCGUAGCAUUCACCGUCGUCGUGUCGACUGUCCUCAAACUAGGCGUAGGAGGAACGUUGUUGACGGCCGCGAUACGAUGCAUUAUACAACUAUCCGUGAUGGGUUUCUUCUUGCAGAAGAUCUUCGAGACGAACAACCCGUGGGCAGUAGCAGGGAUUGCUAUGUUGCUCAAUUUGCUGGGAACGUUCGAGGCAGUCACGAAUAAGUCAAAAAAGCGUCAUGACUUCAUGUUUUUCUCCGUAUUGCUGGGGAUGUUAAGUUCAACAAUACCCGUCUCAAUACUUGGAUCUCGCUUUGCCAUGUCUUCAGAACCGUUCUGGAAGCCUGAACAGUAUAUCCCUAUCGUUGGCAUGCUCUGCGGUAACGCCAUCUCGGGGGUUGUCGUAGCGGUGUCAUAUGUACUCAAGGAACUCUACGAGAACAGAGACAAGAUUGAAACUUACCUCGCCUUUGGGGCCUCUCGCUUUGAAGCAUGUACACCUCUCGCCCAGGAGGCUCUGCGUCUAGCCCUCACACCAACCAUGAACCAGAUGAGUGUCAUCGGUCUCAUUUCGAUACCUGGCAUGAUGACCGGCGCGAUUCUCGGUGGCUCGUCCGUCGAGCAAGCCGCAAAACUGCAGAUCAUCAUCAUGUUCAUGCUCUCGGCGUCGACGGCGCUCGCGUCGAUCGUUGCGACGGUUAUGGCGCUACACGUUGUCGUGGACAAGGAGCAUCGGGUUCGGCUUGACAGGGUUGACGUGCGGGACCAUGCGAUCUGGCGCGCGAGGGCUUGGCUUGUGGGAAAGGUUAUUGGUGUGCUGCGGGCGCUGGUCGAGCCGGUGACAAGAAUGCUCAAGCGGAGGGGUGGUGAUAGGUGGGACGACGGAAUAGGUGGCGAGAGUGGAAUACUGCUUAGUUGAAGAGGGUAUAUGUGUAGACAUGGUAUGUUGCUCUUGGACUCGAACAUUGCAUUAGUUUGACGUGUUCAAACGUUCCCUCAUUGCGGACAUCUUCGUCAGUUUGUUAUAUUAAAUGAAGUUGCUCGAUUUG